AUAAGGGUUUCCUCUCGCCGCCUUUGUUCCCUCGAACUGGGUCUGGGACGGCUACCUUGCGAGCCGAAGAGCUGCGGCGGGCGGUUGGUCUGUCUCGCGCCCCGGCCUUUGGUGUGGAGGAGGCCCCUCCCCCCUCAACGGGUUCUGUGGGACUGUGCGGGGACAUUUUAAUUUAGUCACCAAAAUGCAGCUGCCUCUCUGAGCUGGUAUAGUGGCGGAGGGGCUGGGAGGCCCCUGUUUGGCAUUGGCAAGGGCCGGGCCAGCACAGGUCCUUCACGCUGCUGCGGCAGGGGAACUGUCGCUUGGGUCUAUUUCAAAGGAAGAGGAAUGAUAUUCCUGAAAUUUCUUGGGUUUCUCACCUUUCUGCUUUUGCCAUGAUCAAAUGUUUGGUGGAAGAUGUACGCACCAGGUUACGCUCUGGAGUGGCCAUCAACUCACUGGCCCAGUGUGUUGAAGAGCUUGUCCUCAAUAGCAUUGAUGCUAAAGCAACAUGCGUGGCCAUACGGGUGGAUUUGGAAACUUUCAAGGUCCAAGUGGUGGACAAUGGCUCUGGGAUGGGGAGAGAGGACCUAAAUAAAGUGGGUAAUCGAUAUUUCACUAGUAAGUGCAAUUCAGUGGAGGAUUUAGAGAAUCUGAAGUUCUAUGGUUUCCGAGGGGAAGCUGUGGCCAGCAUAGCAAAUAUGGCCAGCAUAGUGGAAAUUUCAUCCAAGACCAACAAUACAGUGAAAACCUUUAUGAAACUGUUUCAGAAUGGGAAAGCACUGGAAGUCUGUGAGGCUGAAUUGACUAGACCAAGUGGUGGAACAACAGUGACUGUGUAUAACCUGUUCCACCAGUUACCAGUGAGGAAAAAGUGCAUGGAUCCCAUGCUGGAAUUUGAGAGGGUGAGGCAGAAGAUAGAGGCUCUUUCUCUCAUACAUCCUUCCAUCUCAUUUUCCUUAAGAAAUGAUGCUUCCUGUUCUAUGAUGCUUCAUCUACCAAAGACAAAAGAUAUGUGUUCCCGUUUUUGUCAGAUUUAUGGACUGGGAAGAACACAGAAAUUACGAAAAAUAAAUUAUACAUCUGGGGAGUUUGAGUUAAGUGGCUAUAUCAGUUCUGAAGGGCAUUACAAUAAAAAUAUGCAGUUUUUGUUUGUGAAUAAUAGACUGGUUUUAAAAACAAGAUUGCAUAAACUCAUGGACUUUUUAUUAAGGAAAGAAAGUGUAAUUUGCAAGGCAAAAGGUGGCCCUGCCAACAGACAAAUGAGUUCAAGUCCUGUUCGGCAUCGUGGCCCAGAGCUCUAUGGAAUCUUUGUUAUCAAUGUGAAGUGUCCUUACUGUGAAUAUGAUGUGUGUCUGGAACCUGCAAAAACUCUGAUAGAAUUCCGCAAUUGGGAUGCUCUUUUAGCUUGCAUUGAGGAAGGAGUGAAAACAUUUUUAAAACAAGAACACUUAUUUGUUGAACUGUCUGGUGAAGACAUAAAAGAAUUUAAUGAAGACAAUGGCUUUAGUUUGUACAGGACCGGAACUCUGCAUACUGCACUCUCUGAAGUAAAGAGCAUACAAGACAAUUUUAAGAAAACAUGUGAUGAUAUUGUAGAUUCCUAUGAAACUUUUAAUUUGCAAUCAAAAGCUGUCAAAAGAAAAGUGACUAUUCAGGAAAAGUCUUCAGAUCUCAUAGGUUCAAAUGGUAAUGCUGGAGAAAAGGAAGUCUCCCCAGGUCUGAUCAUUGCUGAACCAGCUGACGCAGCGAGUCCUCUGCUCAACAAAGAAGGCACCAAUUCUGAUUUCUCAGAAUCAGAUAUCUCAGAACAAGAGCCAAAAGAGUUCAGCAAUCCCAAAAUGGUGUUUGUGAGCCGCAAGUCUUCAGAAAAUCUCUAUGGGGAGUCCAGGUCAGAAAGAGUAGAAAUAGACAGUUAUGCUAAAAUGCCACAUUGUACUGAGAAUUGUGUGGAAGAUGCAAAAACACAGGAGGACAGCGCAGCUCAGAAAAGCAGCAUCAACAUUGCCUUUGGAAAUGGUGUCACUCAGGGGCAGCAUGAGAGAGUUGAAGAUACAGCUGAUGGACCAGAACUUCUUUGGGGGAGAGUAUUGAUGGGAAUGUCUGAUGUGAUGAAAGAAGACAGUAGAAAAAAUAAAGGGCCAAAUAAUGAUGGUGGAGGAAAGGUUGUUAGAUCUGUACCACUGAAGUUGUGUUCCACAGGCCUUAUAACUCAUGUGAUGCAAAAUCAGCCACCGCGUGAACAAACUGAAAUGAAUUGCUCAUUAAACAUGCAUUCUAAACCUGGUCCUGUAAGUGCCAAGGACAUAUUUGGAAACAAGAUGAGCUUUUCAGUUCAGAGUCUAAAUGUUCAGGAUAUUUCUAGUAUUUUAAAUAAAGAGUAUACUACACUACCCAAUAGAGAAGUAUGCAGAGCAUAUGCAUAUGAGUGGUUAGAAAAUGAGACUGUAUCAGGCCAGAAGAAUGAGGAGGUAGCUUCCAUUACUGCACGAGGUAGAAGGGAGUGUGUAACAUCACACACUAGAGAGUUGCUUCCCGUCACUUCCUUGAGUUUUCCUCAUAAUGAACAUAAUCCAAGCAACAGAAGGCAAAUGGUUGAGCUAUCUGUUACGCCCAGAACUCAAGCCUAUAAGAAGCUGAGUUUGUCCAUACAGUUGGGGUCUUUAGAGCGAUUCAGGAGACAUUAUGGGAAGGUCAGGAGUGUUCCAUCAGUAUCUAUUCCAGAGAAGAGGAGUGAAUUUGAACCUCCAGAUGUUCUUGGUUCUCUAGCUGAUCUUGACAGCUUGAAGAAUCAGAAUAACAAUUUUGAAUGUGUUAACAUUUGUGAAACUCAAGUUCUGGAACAUGCUGAUUGUAAUAAUAGUUGCCAAGCUGGUUGCCUCCUUUCCUUGGAGAGGUCUCAGUUCUGUGGGAAAGAAACUUUGUUAGACAGAAAAGCUCCUUGCGUGAGAGAGAGUCCUAUGACAUUGACUGACUACUCUCAAAUAAGAAGAAAAGACCUAAGCAGCAGUAGAUUACUGGGAUCACUAGCUUCUAAACUGUCCAGAAUGAAGGGUGACCACAAGGAAGUUUUAGCUACAGAAGUUGUGGGACAAGUUGAUGAACAAUUCCAAACAGAUUCAAGCAGAAAAGGUGACACAUUGCAUCUUUUGUCUCAAACUGAUGAUUUUUUGCAGAGCUCUUAUCAAAUGUGCCAAAGCACCUCACAAGAAGCAGGGAUAGACGAUUGCAUCCUUGCGUCUGCCUCUGAUGAGCAGGAUGCUCCCUCCAAAAUGUAUAGUACAAGAGGAGGGACCAUGGAAAAUGCUCUGAACCAGUCACUGCUCAUCAACACAGAUGGGGAGUACAUGGCCCCCACAAGCAGUGGUUUGGCAUUACAAAGUGAAAAGUGUUAUUCUGAAGACAUCUGUAAAGAUGGAAAGAUUGUGGCUGUAUCUUCAAAGCAGACUUCAGAAGCCACUGAGCUUUCCAGUGUAACUUUUUCAAGUAGUUUGGAAGUACUUGGAGAUGUUAAAAAUGCAGUUCAGUCUAAAAAUGAGGAAUCAAUAUUGUGUUCUGUCUGGAUGCAACACUUUGAUGUUUCACUGGGUAAGAUGGUAUACGUCAAUAAAAUGACUGGACUAAGCACCUACAGUACUCCUCCAACUGAAGAACUUCAGGCUGCUUGUACUAAAGAUAUAACUACAAUGGCUGUGAAUGUUGUCUUACAGAGUGGGUUUCAGUGCAGGUGCCAUCCUUUUAGAAGUGAGCUUGUUCUACCCUUCCUUCCUAGACCUCGGGAAGAGAGGAUUCUGGCAAGCCAGGAUUUCAGAGAUGCUGAUGGGGAGUCUCUCCAGUCCUUGUUUUCAGAGUGGGACAAUCCUGUAUUUGCUCGCUGCCCAGAGGUUGCUGUUGAUGUGAGCAGUGGCCAGGCUGGGAGUCUGGCUGUGAAAAUUCAUAAUAUCUUAUAUCCCUAUCGUUUCACCAAGGAGAUGAUUAAUUCAAUGCAGGUUCUUCACCAAGUGGACAAUAAAUUUAUUGCUUGUUUAAUCAACACUAGGAGUGAAGUGAAUGCAAAUGCAGAUGGAAAUCUGCUGGUGUUGGUGGAUCAGCAUGCAGCCCAUGAGCGUAUCCGCUUGGAGCAACUUAUUGCAGAUUCCUAUGAGAAGCAGCGUGAAGAAUCUGGCAAGAAGAAAUUGCUGUCCUCCACCAUCUGUCCCCCACUGGAGAUUGAGGUAACAGAGGAGCAGAGAAGACUCUUACGGUGCUGCCACAAAAGCCUGGAGGAAGUAGGCCUUGAAUUAUCAUUUCCAGAGAACAACAGCUCCCAGAUUCUAGUUGGGAAAGUCCCCCUGUGUUUUAUGGAGAGAGAGGCCAAUGAAUUACGACGGAAAAGACAGCCUGUGGCUAAAAGCAUUGUGGAGGAGUUGAUUCAAGAACAAGUUGAGCUAUUGCAGACCACAGGAGGCGCACAAGGGACGCUCCCACUAACCUUUCUAAAGGUGCUGGCUUCCCAAGCAUGCCAUGACAUGUUGCAUAGUGCAUUAACAUUCCCCUCAUGGCCAAAGGGCAAAUGUGGAUUGGUGGGAUUGUUUCAAUGGCACAUCACUAGAGUCUCCAAGUCGCAGACUGCGUACAAGAUUGCUUUUAGCUAGAAGAGCAGGACAAGUGCCAUCUCUGAACUGCAGGAUACAAGCUGCUAAGGUGAGAAAUAAAUGAGACCAUAGAUUCUCACACCCUCUGGUGUUUAGGAAAGAUAAAGGUUAUUAAAGUACCAGAGAGACCUUACUAUCCUGCCUGGAUUUGCAGUGGUUGCAUUAAAUGCCCAGAUGUGGGAAAGAGUGGAUGAUUACUGAGGUGGUACUCAAUCUCUAAAUAGCAUAUGGGGUGGGUGUUCAGUCUUUCUCUGUUUGGUAGCUCCUCAUUUGUGGAAUGGCCUUGUUUUCAGCUCUGGAGGAAGCUGCUCAUGUGCCUUGAGAUGGAACAACUGUAGCAUCUGGGAAGCAAGGAAAUAGUUGCCCUGCCAUCUAGCAGCCUCAGACUAGACCAAGCAGCUUAGGCUAUGGAAAAGGUUGUGUGUGUGUGUGCCAGGAAGGCUUCUUGAGGGAAGUCUGAUUAACUGGAGCUAAAUCUGAAGUCUAGUGUACUAUGCUGCUGGUUUGUGGUCUCAGGGUGCGGGAGGAAGUGGGAGCUGCCCCAUAUUAACUUGCUAUGCUGUCCAUAGUUCCCAGAGGGGGGCUUGUUAGCUGAACUGAACUCUUGCCAGCACAUGCUAUAAUUCGCCUCUCU